AGGUUCUCACUCGCUCCCCGAACAGCCUGCGGCGCCGGAGACAAAGCGGCAGCGACCCGCCCUGCGCUUUCGUUUUCCGCCCGCGCUCGGCUCCAUCGGCUGCCCGCCCGCUCGCGCCGGGCUGGGCGAGUCCGAAAAGUCCCGGGCGCGGCGCAGUCCUUCCCGGGGCGGGGAGAGUGGGUAGGCGGUCCCUCGCGGGAACACACGCCCGCCGGCCGCGGGGACCCGUAGCCGAACCGGCUGCGUCCGCGAUGGUCACGACCCGGCGGCCACGGCCGCCACUGCAGUUGCGAUUUGCCACCGAGCAGUACGCGUCGGGGAAGGCCCGGGAUCCGGGGUGCGUUUUCCUCCGCGCGGGCCGGGCAGGGAAGGCGGGGGGCCUGCGCGCAGCUGGGCUGAACCGCGGGCCGAGGGCGCUUUAACACUUGCUCGCCAGGUUGGUGGAGGCGGGGCGGGUUCUGCAGGCGGACGCUGGGAGGCGAAGGUGGGGGCCCUUUAAGCGCCCACCACCGCGGGGGCCGGAGGGGGGCAGGGAGGGGAGGGAACUCCUGGAGGGUCUUACGCCGGCCCGCGAGACGCCGCCGAGAGACAAGGCAGAGAGGGCGGCCUCGGCUGGAGUCGUGGAGCCGAGCGCCGCGGGUGGUGGGGACCGAGCGCUGCUCCCCGCGGGGGCGCACGGCCACCGGCCCGAGAGGUGGUGCCUCCCCCGCAAAACCGGUGGGGGGCUUCCUAGCGGCCUCCGCCCAGGCUGCAGAGAGCCUUCUCUCAGCCUCUGCUCGGCUCCUUCCCUUGUGGGAGGGCGAGAGGGAAAGAGGGAGGAGAGUAGGUGGGGGGAGGAGGCAGCUGGAGAGAGAGGGGGCUCUGCGCCAACCGCCCGCGGAUCCAUCAGCUCCUCGGGGAGGACGAGCGAGCGAGCGAGCGAGCGGGCGGGGGAGGGCGCGCCGAGGCUCGCUCGGGAGAAGUGGCCGCCGAUGACGGCAGAGGUGCAGCCAGCCCCGCGCGCGCAGCCCCCUCCCCCUUGCCCUCCUCCCCCUCCCCCUCCUCUUCCUCCUCCUCCUCCUCCUCCCGGCUCUUCGGCGGCGCAGAGCAGCAGCGGCAGCGGCGGCGGCGGCAGCAGCCACCCGAUGUCUUCGGCGCCCGAGAAGCAGCAGCCACCGCACGGCGGCGGCGGGGGAGGCGGCGCGGCCAUGGACCCCGCGUCGUCCGGCCCGUCCAAGGCCAAGAAGACCAACGCCGGCAUCCGGCGCCCCGAGAAGCCGCCCUACUCGUACAUCGCGCUCAUCGUCAUGGCCAUCCAGAGCUCGCCCACCAAGCGCCUGACACUCAGCGAGAUCUACCAGUUCCUGCAGAGCCGCUUCCCCUUCUUCCGCGGCUCCUACCAGGGCUGGAAGAACUCGGUGCGCCACAACCUCUCGCUCAAUGAGUGCUUCAUCAAGCUGCCCAAGGGCCUCGGGCGGCCGGGCAAGGGCCACUACUGGACCAUCGACCCGGCCAGUGAGUUCAUGUUCGAGGAGGGCUCCUUUCGGCGGCGGCCGCGCGGCUUCCGAAGGAAAUGCCAGGCGCUCAAGCCCAUGUACAGCAUGAUGAACGGGCUCGGCUUCAACCACCUCCCGGACACCUACAGCUUCCAGGGCUCCGCCGGCGGCCUCUCGUGCCCGCCCAACAGCCUGGCGCUGGAGGGAGGUCUGGGCAUGAUGAACGGCCACUUGCCGGGCAACGUGGACGGCAUGGCUUUGCCCAGCCACUCGGUGCCCCACCUGCCCGCCAACGGUGGCCACUCGUACAUGGGCAGCUGCGGCGCCGCGGCGGCCGGCGAGUACCCGCACCACGACAGCUCGGUGCCUGCUUCCCCACUGCUGCCCGCGGCCGCCGGUGGGGUCAUGGAGCCCCACGCCGUCUACUCAGGCUCGGCGGCCGCCUGGCCGCCCUCCGCCUCCGCGGCGCUCAACAGCAGCGCCUCCUACAUCAAGCAGCAGCCCCUGUCCCCCUGCAACCCCGCGGCCAACCCCCUGUCCGGCAGCCUCUCCACGCAUUCCCUGGACCAGCCGUAUCUGCACCAGAACAGUCACAACACCCCAGCAGAGCUGCAAGGCAUCCCGCGGUAUCACUCGCAGUCGCCCAGCAUGUGUGACCGAAAGGAGUUCGUCUUCUCUUUCAACACAAUGGCAUCCUCGUCCAUGCACUCAGCCGGCGGCGGCUCUUACUACCACCAGCAGGUCACCUACCAAGACAUCAAGCCGUGCGUGAUGUGAGGCCACAGCCCCCGGGGCCCUCUGGGCAGGGGCUGGCCGAGCACUGGGACUUCGGAACCCAUCGCCAGAAACUGCUUUAUUUUCGAGGUAUAACCGUCGGCAGAAGAAAAGGGUUUGACCCCUCCCCGACCGGAUUAUUCGGGAAAGGAAUCCCCGAGGCAACGACGGAGCCCCGCUGUCGGCACCUCCCCGCCACCCGCUCAACAGUUUCUUUAAAAUGGUGGUGGUGGGGCCUGAUCUGACUGCAGCUGUUGAAAAAUAAGUAUCUAUUUUUGAUCCUAUUGAAACCGGCUGAGAAGGUGCUGUGUUGGGGAAAAACCCUCAACAUCUAAACAAGCAUUCUGCUGAGGUCUCUCCCCCUCUUCCCCUCCAAUGGCAAAAGUCGGGGAAGGAGAAAGGCAAACGUGUGAGACCGUCAUUAUCAAAUACUUUUAUUUUUUGGUUGAGUAUUUAUCUUUUUAUUUUUAAUUUUUUUUUGAAAGAAUGUCUUGGAAUGCGCGUCUCCUUUCAGAGCCAUCUUUUGCAGGGAAGGGGGGGGCAAGAAAUCGCCUUCUCCCUCCCCACCUCAGAAGUCCUCCAAUCAACCACAGGUGGAUCCUUGUGCGAAUAACUUGCAUUUCUGAAGCCACUGCUCGUCUUAGGAAAGAAACCAGAAGGAGCCCAGAAGUGGCGGUUCUCGGGCCUCUGCUGCCGUCCCCCUCCGCCUUCCUCUCCAUCCUUCUCUUCAGUGUUUUUGGUUUGGUUUCUAACUUUAUUUUGACUUUUUUGGUCGGUGUUUUUCUCCCGAGACCUGGCUGUCUCCUGAUCUCUACUGUAAACCUUCUGGUGGGAGAGUGAGGAAAACACGGCGCCGCGGGGACCGGGAAGGCCCGCUGAGCGCUCGGAUUCAGGAUUGCGGUGACGCAGAAAGGUUAAGGCACUUUUAAAAAAACGAUAGCAAGGCUCAUCCUGUUAUUUAUUCUACUUUCUUUCCCUAAUAAUCGAAACACCGCAUAGGCUCCUCCGUUUAUCAGUAUUAAUGGUGUAACUUUGUUGGCAAUAUUUGCCGCGUAGAUUUUUUUUUUAGGUAUCCAUUGUAAAUUUGAAACUAAGUCCGAUCUGUGUAAAGACAAAUUUCCAUAUGUUUUAUAUAAAUAAAUAAAUAUAUAUAUAUAUAAAAUGAAGGCCCCCCCCUUUUUUUUUUAGCAUUUUGGCUGCUGGGGUGCAGCGUUUGUGACACGUAUUUUAAAUUUCCUUCUGCACUGUAUAAAAAUGACAAUUUGAGGAUGUUUUUGCCUUUUGUGUAUUUUUUCCUAAAAAAGAACAAAAAUAAAAAUGUAUAACAUUUGUACAUGGCCUUUAAUAUUGUAUCAACUAGAAAUAAAAUCGCAUGAGUAUU